AUAAAGAUCCAAUAAUUCAUUCUGAGGGUAGCAAUCAUGAAGUCUGCACUCAUCGUAUUCGUCGGCCUUUUGGCCUUGUCUCUGGCUGAUCCCAACCUGGACGCGGAAUGGGAGGAUUUCAAGCAACGUUAUGGCAAAACUUAUGCCACCGACAACGAAGAGUCUCAACGCAGAGCAGCCUUUGAGGCCAAUUUCAAUGCCAUUGAAGCCCAUAACUUGGAGGCUACCAAUGGACAACACACGUUCACGGUCGGUUUGAACAAAUACAUGGACCAGGCCGAGGACGAGAUCAACACCGUGAUGAACGGUCUCAAGUUCGAUUCUAGUCUUCCAAAAACUGGAAUGAAAUUCCACUCUGACGUCGACCUGGCCGACCUUCCCACUAAGGUUGAUUGGAGAAAAGAGGGCUACGUUUCUCACAUCAAAGACCAGAAGGCUUGCGGAUCCUGUUGGGCCUUCAGUGCCACUGGUUCGUUGGAAGGUCAACAUUUCAAGUCUGAGGGUAAAUUGGUAUCCUUGAGUGAGCAACAAUUGGUGGAUUGCGACAAGGUUGAUCUUGGCUGUUUUGGUGGUCUCAUGGACCACGCCUUUGACUAUAUCAAGCAAAACAAGGGUGACGAUACCGAGUCCUCUUACCCCUACCAAGGUAUUGAGGGUCCCAAGUGCCUCUUCAAGGCCAAGGAUGUGGGAGCCACAGUUUCAGGACACGUGGACAUUCCCACGGGCUCUGAAGCUGAUCUGAUGAAGGCCGUGGCCAAUGUUGGCCCCAUCUCUGUGGGAAUUGACGCCAGCCACAUGAGCUUCCACUCCUAUAAGGAUGGUAUCUACUUUGAAGAGGAGUGCUCUUCUGAGCUUUUGGACCAUGGUGUCUUGGUCGUUGGAUAUGGAACUGAGGACGGCAAUGAUUAUUGGCUGGUCAAGAACAGCUGGGGAACCACUUGGGGGAUGGAUGGAUACAUCAAGAUGGCCAGAAACAAAGACAACAACUGUGGCAUUGCUACCUCUGCCUCGUACCCCUCUGUUUAACUUAUUCGUGCCAAAUACAUAUGUGGAAUUUUGAA